GGUCUAUUGUCCUUCGGUACGUCAAGCUCACAGGCCGCGGUUUUUUUCAUGUCAUUCUGUGCCGCUUUAACGUCGAAGAAUAUCAGACCUCAAAAUAAUAAUGGCUACAACCGUGAACGAAGAAAAUGAGCCUCAUGAAACGUCCCGUGAUAGACAAAGUGACACGGAAAGUCGUCGAAAUACGUGGCUGGCUUUAGGCAGGUUACUUCUUCACAUCUUAUGCUCGGGUUAUAGUUUAUCUCUCGUCUGGCUUCUCGCAUACCUGAAAGGCAAUUCAAACUACUGGUUCCUUAGUUUUAUUCCCAUCUUUUUUAAUUUUUCCCCCUUGCUCAACUUCCUAAUAUCCUUGUGGAAACCGACGUCGACUGUGUUACAGUUUGAGCCCUCGACUGGUGUCGUCAUUAAUUUAAUGGCCUGCUUCACUAUGUUAACUCGUGUCGCUUAUUACCACCGCCAAGAGGACGAAUUCAUUGGACCAAGAUUUAUCAUCAUUUCAUUACAAGCAAGCAUCAUUCUAGUGUUUCUGGACUUUUUGCAACAGAGAGAUGCAAAGCUGGAAAACUUUCUCAAUUUUAAGGAUGCCAUGAUCCGAAUGUUGCUUGAUUUUGUUGACAUUUUUAACAUGGUAGAAAUUCUCUCAAGAAAUCCGUGUGUUGGAGUCGGAUUAUACGUCUCCGAAAACAGCUCUACAGAGCGAGCAAUUCAGGCCUUCUGUACUCUCUCAUUUUUCGUGAUUAUGAGCGGGCUUGAUACCAAGUUGCUGGAGCAAUGGAGAACAGUGCGGCUAUCGGACGAGCCUCCAAGGAAUGAUGGUGAGCUGAUGCACUCCGGUUUGACCGUGAUUUCUUCUCUUUACCAAAAUUUGCCAUUCUUAGUCAUUAGGAUUGUAGUAUGGGCUCAGUAUAGGUUGUACAGCUUGGGAUUCCUAGUGAAAAACGUUACUGUUAUAAUCCUUGCUAUUGCAAUAUAUUAUAAAGCCCGCUGGAAAAGGACGAAUGACAUUGAACAUGGCCAUAGUAAUUUUCAGGGGCACCCAACGAGAAUAUAGUUCAAAACCAC